AUGAGUUUAGAACCAAAAAUCGAUAUACCUGGUAACUUGGCACAAAAGAAUUCUAAAGUAUGUGUUGUGUCCAUUAUUGGGAAAAGCAGAUACAGUGCUUUUUCUUCAAAAGCCAGUCUGCUGAAUCCUUCCAUUGGCAAAGAUGUUUUUAAGAGUUUGGAUGAAUCAUACAUCAGUGGUAUUGCUGAGGAUGAAAUAGAAUACUACUACGAUACAUCAAAUCAUGUAGUCUACCUCCAUUACAGUUCGUUGCUUGACAGCUACCGUUUAGCAACCUUGUGCCAAAAGCUGGAUACUGAUGUUGCACAGCAGGAUUUUCACACCAUCUGGGAGACGGAGGAAUUUCAUCAUGCCAAAACCUGGCUUCUCUUAUUCUGCAUUUCUCAUAUUGUUCUGUUGGUUCACCCUGGCAGUUCCUUUGAUACAAGCUUUAUCCGGAUUUUUCGGAUCUUGGAUACUCUCAGGGUCCAGUUACUAAGUGUGAUGAGUGAACAGCUGCAAGGGCUCCACAUUUCUAAGGAAUGGUACCUGAGUGCCCGGCCGUGUUCACCUCGAGUGCUGUUUGUCUUCCAGACCACAUUGCUUGAUAUUUCAUCCGAAGACAAUGAUAUGAAACCUCGAUCUCAGCGUAACCCUCCACUGAAACGACUGCAGCAUGCUAUGGAGGAUCAGAUUUAUCGUCUGCUGAGAAAGUCUCGUGUGAUCACAAAUAUCAGUAACAAUUCACUGUUUGCUGUGCCAGCCAACCAAGAGUUUGUGUACAUCAACAGCCGACGAUCCGACAGCAGUGAUCCUGUCGCCUACUUCCUCCUGCAACUACGAAACACCCACACAGUAAAUAAAGAUGGAGAACCCAUGAAAGGUAAAAGCUAUCAAACGAGUCGUCGCACCAACCAAGGUAGUCCCGGUCGUAGUGACAACCUCAGCCAUACCACGUCUCUCAAUAAAUGUUCAUCGUCUGAUAACAGCUUUCACGACUUUCUCUGGCCUCAUAUUGAGCUGGCAUUCAAUAAAGGUUUUGAUGACAAUGUCGGUAAAAGGCAGGUGCCAGCAUUGUUCGAGAUGGCCACGGCUAGCACUUGGUUUACCUUGGCAUCAAAGCUUUACCAAUUAUAUUUUAAUGAACUGUCAGAUGCCAAAGCGCAAAGCUUCUUCAAUAAGAUGAGGACCAAGCUUGAUGUAGACAUUAGAUUCUCAGAGAAUCGUUGUAACAAAGUACUACCUGUUGCGGAGACUGCAUAUCAAGAAGGCCUGCCAACCCACUACACGAAUAGCUACCAUCUCUCCAAGUUCAACCAAGCCAAGAGGGUUUUUGCUCAGUAUGCUCGAGGUGCUGCAUAUAAGAAAUACCUGUGUCAGUUGGAAGAGGCUUGCGAGAAGUGGUGGAAGAGUGGGAGGCAGUUGUGUGAAGAGAUCAGUCUAACUGGACAGCACUGUGUGAACCCGUUACAUCGACUUCCCGAUGCCAUUGAAACUGAGGAGAACAAGCACCUCCCUGUGAUGUAUCACUCUAGCCAGCUGAAGACAAAAGCUGCCUGCAACUGUGGACGGAAACAGGCUGACAAAGAAGACCCAUUCAACCAUGAGGCAGCAAAUUUUGAAUUCUAUGACAGCUUGGAAAAAAGCUGCUGUCUCAGUUUGCAACAUAUUGAACUACCAGUGUUUAAACCAGGGACAGACAGCUUUCAACCAUCUCCUCUUGUCAAACCCAGCAACAUCAAUCUUCGAGAAGGUUCUAAAGGCGACAUCACACAUGGAGUUGGAAACCUCAGCUUAGCACUAAGUCUUGGUCAAUCAGGAAGCAGUGAUCUUUUUGCGUCUACUAAUAUGAAUACAGAAAGUCUUGCUGAAGCUAGUAACAGCCACCCACAAGAGAUCCGUUUAACACAGCCAGAUGUCGAACGAGUAUUUGACCGUCAACAUUCAACAACAGAAUACCUCCCUGAUAUGAUUAACUCAGACUCUCCAUCUGGACUGUUGCCAAAGUUUUCAUCAUGGUCACUUUGUGCACUGGGCAAGACCAGCUCCUACGUCCACUCUCAAGGUUUGGACCUUCCUGGUUUUUUCCACGGCAGUAAUUUCCUAUUGCCCUGGGAUAUCUCUCUGCGUAUGGAGAAAGACAAAUGGCCUGGUCUGGGAGAAGCAAACAAAAAGACCAAACAGAAAAGGAUUCAAAAAGAGUCUGGUGAAGUGAAUGUUCGUGUAUACAUUGGUGUUGAAUAUGAAUGCCCAAGAGGCCACAGAUUCUUCAGUAGCGGCCCAGACAAACUAGUUAAAAUGUCCAGUUCCAGUAACGUGAAGGAUAAUGCCCACAAGCUGUUAACAUCAGACAUGCCGCUGUUUUGCUCGUGUCCCUGUCGUACCAAAGGUCACAUGGCUCAGCUGAUGCGCGUGUAUGCUGCACCCCCUGAAUGUCCAAUAACAGUGACCCUGAACCCAGUCGUGCAACCAGCUCACCCACACCACGGUCCAAACUUCUACCCAGGCAAUGAUGAUCCUAUCAAGCUAUCAACUGGUAACAUCUGGGUCCUCCGUUUACCUCACAUCUACGUCGGUAACGGUCACGUGUACUCCAAACCUAAUGACUUCAACCAACAGAAUUUAGGCUGCCUUAACAAAGGGAUAUUUGGCUACCAACACACCAUGGACACUUGAGAGAAAAACAAAGAAAAAUCAUCAAAUAAGUCUAAACAACACUCACAAAAGUGAAAGACAAGACAAGACAGCCAUUGAAGAAAACUUGCAGAGUUGGCCCUUCAAGUCCUCCUUUAAAAAAAUUAUCUUGGAUGAGAAAUGAUGACUGGAGACCAAGAGCAAAUGCAGCAGCUUUAUAAUGCAGAAAUGUGCAACUUGGUGCUGGGCUUUUACUUGCAAACCUCCAGGAAUGUGUGUGGUAUAAAACAGAAUAAGGACAAAGAUUUCUAAGUUAAGAUGCAAGACUACAAAUUAGUCAGAAAUUCUAGUAAAUCAAUCUGCAGUACAUGAGUGGUUCUAUAUUUUUCCAGCCCUUCAGGAAAAUAUAAUACUAUUUAUUAUGAUUAUUAUUAUUAUUAUGAUUAUAGAUGUCACAGUAUACAAUAUUGUGAGGUUGUUGAUUGAAGAUAUUGUGUCUACCAGGCAUUCACACUGUUUGUCAAGACGCAACAAGGACCUCAGACAGACAGUACUUUGCGCAAUAUGCAUGCAGUUCCAAGCGAUGCCAACUUUUGCAAUAUGUCUUGAUUGUAGGGUAUUUCUAACAUUUUCAGAUGUUUUUUCAGGUUUGAUGGUAUUGAACUUAAUGCUCUGAUGACAAUAGAGAUAACCUUUAUGUUUGUCUCUUGUAGCUCCCACAUCUUAGCGAUCUCAAUUCUCAGGUUUCCAUAUUUAUCAACCUUUUCUCUUUCUUUCAUGAUGGUAUUUUGAUCUCCUGGUACUACCACGUCAAUUAUUAGGCACUUUUGUUUGUUCCUCCUAAAGGUACGAAAAGCAUUUAUAAAAAUAAUUAUAGUUUAGGUACAAAGAUAGUAACUUGGUGGGGGAGCUAAUAGAUUGAAAAAUAGCAAUAUUUUAGGUACAAGGCCAGUAUUUUGGGUUGAGGGCCUAGUUUAAAUGAUACUCUUUUACUUGUUUCAGUCAUUUGACUGUGGCCAUGCUGGAGCAGCGCCUUUAGUCGAGCAAAUCGACCUCAGGACUUAUUCUUUGUAAGCCUAGCACUUAUUCUAUUGGUUCUCUUUAGCCGAACCGCUAAGUUAUGAGGACGAAAACACGCCACCAUCAAUUCUGAAGCGAUGUUGGGGGGACAAACACAGACACACAAACAUAUACACACACACAUACAAAUAUAUAUAUACAUAUAUACGACGGGCUUCUUUCAGUUUCCGUCUACCAAAUCCACUCACAAGGUUUUGGUCGACCCGAGGCUAUAGUAGAAGACACUUGCUCAAGGUGUCACGCAGUGCGGCUGAACCGGGAACCAUGUGGUUGGUAAGCAAGCUACUUACCACACAGCCAUCCCGCAGCUAUAUAAUCUAUAUUAUAAUUCUCAAGACUAUUUUUCUUAGAGAUCCUAAAAAAUUCAUUUUAUUUUAUUUUUAUUUUUAUUUUCCUCCAACAUUGACACCUCCAAUAUGUUCCAAUUUCUUCAAUCUCAGAAUAUCAUCAGGUCUCGAUAUAACUCAAUCCUGGAUGUGUACCAUGGUUAUAUCAAACUGGAGGAUAUGAACCAGGAACCUUUUAUUUUCCCAAGCUGUGGCAACACCUGAUGACCAACUGGACAUCAACCAGACAGAAACAUAGUCUAGGGCGUAAAUAGUGUAAAUUGUUUCAUCUCUGAAGUUGAGGUUAAUUAGUGCAAAUAAUUAUGAAUCUUAUUUACAUAUGUAUUCUUACAUACACAUCAUAUACACACAUACAUACACAAAUCAACACAGCAUUGUAAAUUUGAGCCAAAAUGCCAAUAAUAUAAUAAAAUCUGUCAAGUGA